UGCGAGGGCCUGAAGCUGGGGACCACCACUAGGCAGUCUGUGCUCCACUUGAACGACUGCGGACGCAUUUGACAGCUAGAUAAAUAUACCGUGAUUCCCGACUGCCUUGAGCCUCCCACCAUUCAUCCCACUGAUCUCCAGCCUGCGCCCGCCAUAUCAUCUGGCCUUCUCAUCCGUGACUUGACCCAAGGCUCUCCCCAUAGCUCCACAUUGUCGCCCACCAUGCAUAGACAUCAGCCAUACCAGCAGUAUGCCACUGCCGCACCCACCACUACAAGAUACUCGGGCACAUCCUCAGCCUUCUCGGCCUCAGCAAACCCCAACGAAGACUGGACCAAGAUCUCAGACCUUGCUGAGCGCAGGAGGAUACAAAACCGGAUUGCCCAGCGCAACUACCGCAAGAAGCUCAAGAAGAGGCUCGAAGACUUGGAGCGUCGUGCCGCCUCCAGUUCAGCUUCGCCUGAGCAGAAGCCAGCCGAGCUGCAGCCACCUCAGACUUCGCCGCGCCAGGAAUUCCCCUCCCCCUCUUCUUCGGAUUCCUCGUACACCACCCCACCCGAGGAUCGUAUGUUCUCGCAUCAGUACACUCGUCAGCUCUCCACAAGUCCACCCCCAUUCUCGGUAGCGUCGUACUCCUCGGCCUAUCCAGCUCCGGAUGCAGUGGCAUACUCGGUGCCAUACACCACACACUCGCCGUACCACACAAUACCAGCCACACUCACACCAGAGAUGCCAUCAUAUGCCUAUCUGCCACCACCGCUCUCUUCCGCCUACCCCACCACGCUGCCCAGCCUUGUGCCCAGCAUGAAGAGCGAGUACUACUCCGAAGACGACCUCAGUCCGUUCAACGUGGGCUAUGCGGCCAUUGGCGGUAUUGAAAUCCCACCUCCGCACGCAUACGCAGACCACAAUGCUCAUACGCCACCACUUGAGCACGACGACUUCGGCUACCCUACCACACCAAAUUCGAUGCCACGAACACCUCCUCUUCUUCCCCUUCACUCCAUGUGAGGAAUCUUCUUGCGAUUUUGUUAUUCUGUUUCGUUGCUGGGCCGUUUUGUCCUGGCACCUUUUUGUGAUCAGCAUUUUUUGUAUAGCAUUUCAGCGAUCUGUCGUUUUGGAUAAGGUCCCUCGCUUGGCCCUCGAGACUUGGUGUUUUUGGCGUUUGAAAGGCUGGGACAUUUCUCAGUAGGAAAUUUUGGAGCCUCUGAAGGCAAACCCUAGUGCUGCAGCGCGCCCGCUGGGUAAACGAGAAUCAACGAAUAUGACCAUCACCCCUCACUCUACAAAUACAAUCUUGAAUAUUAGAGCAUUAUACCACAUGAACGUGAUGUCUUUAUCUCAAAUAUGACAUGAUGCGCGUGUUGGGUGAACUGACAGAGCAGAAGUGAGAGAG